AUGGCCGUCGAAAUGUGCGCCGACAGGUCGGGUGCCAGCGAAGCCAUCGAGGACUUUGCAGAGUUCAUGGUAGACCGCGGGAUCUCCUGGCCGGCGCAGCCCCUCCGAGCAGAGCGCGCGGGACUGCUUGAGUUCUUCGACGUUCUGCUAGACCUCUCCAUUAAUUGGAGAGUCGCCUUGUGGUUUGACGUGAGCGCCGUAUACUCGGACAUCGAUGGCUCCUUCGUCAUCAGCUUUAGCGAGAUCGGAGCGCUGGCGUGGCAUAGAAUGCGGCAGUUGUCUACACUGGAUGACGACGCUUACGCGGCCUUCGUUCGCAACAUGUCAUCGCUGUUGACAAAUGGCUCACUCAAGCUGGAUGAUGAAGGCGUCGAGAAACUGCGGCAUGACGAAACUGUCAUUCGCAACACCGUCCUGUCCCUCGACGCAGCUGAGCAGCACGACCUGGUAGUGCCACUCCACAAGAUCGGCGACGUGACGGGAGUGAUUUCGUCAGCAGAAUGGAUGACUCUGCUGAAGAAGCACCUGAGCGCUGACUUCAACAUUUCCUCGCGCACGGAAGUCUUACUAUCGAACGAACCGUACCUAGCCCGAAUAUUCACGUUGUUGCGUGCCAUCACGGGAGACAGAGCGCUUAACGUGACAGGCUGGAUGUUCGCUUACGUCUACGCGUGGACUGUGACGCCAGCCUUAGACGAUUUCCCUAACAUGGGUACCGAUGGAAUGAGGACGUACUCCCUUUGCUUCUUGACUGUGCAGGAGUGGCUCGGUCUCUCUCACUUGGCCGCCUCAUUCACGCACGAGUUUCCCGCGCCCGAGCGACACAAGAUCUCCGACGUUCUUAACUGGACGUCUUUCGGGCUCGUGGACACCAUCGCGAACUCUCGCAGCGUGUCAAAUUCCACCAAGAGUAUGGCUGCAGCCAAGAUUAAGACGACAGCGGGACGACACUUCUGGCCUCCGGAGCCUUUCUUCCACCUGGACACACUCGACAUCAUGUACGACAGCUUUCCGGCACAACAGAACACCUUCUUUGCAAUCUGGACGAAGUCGAGGAGGGCACUGAGGAGGUCUCUCACCAACCGUUUCUACGGAAGUCUCAUGACCGCCCGUUACCGCUGGCUUCUGAGCGACGUUCUCUACGUUUAUGGCCUCAACUGGAUGCGCAUCAGUUUGUGGGCCGUCUACCCGCCGUCGUAUUUGAAGGAUGGCUCACGCGCUAUGGCAUACAGCGGACUGGGAUUCCAGCUGGCCAGAGCGUUGGUGAGAACCGUGGACGAGCAUGGCAGACGACUCAAUUACCUGGGGCGCGAGAGCGACUGGUGGGAAAAGGUGCAGAAUUGCACAUGGGACCUGGCUGAGUCGGAACAAGAAAAGCGAGAAAUAGCCGACUUGUUUGCGCUCGAACUGGCACUGGACGCGCUCAGGAAGAGCUCUGGGAGGGACCGCCUGCCACAGAAGAUCCGGGGACUCGAGAUACUCUCGGAGACACAGACGUUUUUCGUGAGCUACUGCAGCCACUUCUGCGGUGACCCGGAUGGAAAGAGACUGUGCAGCCUAGCAGCUAACGUCAGCGAGUUCGCAGGUGCCUUUUCUUGCCAGCAACGUGAGAGGGAUUCCUGUCUGUUCGUUUAA